AUUAUAAUUUCAUGGGUUUUAUUUUUUUUUUCAAAUCCCAAAAGAUUACAUAGCUCACAAGCCAGUUUACAAGCCAGUUGUUAUGAUGGUCGCUUGGUUAAAGUUCAUAUAUAUUUAAAAAUUGCCUUAAUGUGGAAUUGAACCCAGGGCACCUGUGUCAUAGAUCCAUGACACUACAAGGACACCACAGAGUCAUGUGAUAAAAAUGACUCUCUCUACACUCCCCAAGUAGGCUCAAGCAAAAUUCACGUAAAAAAAAAAUAAGAAUACGUGUAAAAAAUAAGUGUUCAGGUGCCAGACGCGAUUUAUAUAUGCAAGCAAUAUAACAUUACUUACUAGUCCAAAAGCAUAACGGCCAAGUCAGCAUCGGUCAGGUACGCUGACUUCGAGUCGAGUGAACGCUGGCCCAAUAUUGAUUUUCGUCCUUCGUUUUAUUCUGUCACUCUCCCGUUUUCUCUUUCUGGUCUCCUCCGACAAAACCUUGGGUUUCUUUAUCUUAGUUGUUGUUUCGGCCAUGACAAAAACAUCCGGAAAACAAAUAGUUGCAGCCUUCAACUCUUACACCAUGAAAACAAACACUUGCGACCCAUGACCUAUGAAUGCCUCUCUAAUAGUAUGCGGUCUUACAGUUUGAAGCAUCAGUCAUUUAAUCACUCGAUGUGGCGUUAUGAAUAAUUAAGAGACAUGUUUUUUCAUUGGAUAAGAACAUGCAAUAUCAUGAAUAAUAAUUAGACACUGAUUGUCAUCGUUGUAAUAGAGGUUAUGCACGUGAUGUCACCCUUGGCAAAAGUGAUGAUUUUAUGCUUUAAAACAUAGUGAAGUAAAACAUCAUAAUAAAGCGCAGAUGCUUGGAAAAUGUAACUAAAUAUUGUCCACCUCUGCUAUCAAGUCCAACUAAAUUCAAUUUAAGCUGAUAAUAGUCAGUUUUACUGGCAUUUUCGCAGCAGCCACUAUGAAAACCAGCCAUUUUGUUGAAUGUUUGCCACUCAACAGGCGAGCUCUCGCGUGGUCACGUGGAAAAGUGAGGUCAAUGCAUACCCUCUAUAGGGCUUUGUCACAGCCUUUGACGCUGACACGAUAUCAAGUUAAAACCCAGAAGAUGAUGUGCAACACAACAAACUCUGUUAACAUCUAAAGAAAUGUUAUUUAGUGUUUCAUGAAGGUGAUUUUCUCAAUAUUUAGAUGUUUUUGCACCCAUAGAUUCCAGAUUUUCAGAUUGUUUUAACUUGGCUAAAAUUGUCCCAUUCCAACAAACAAUACAUCAAUGGAAAGCUCAUUUAUUUAGAUAAAAAUUGACCCUUAUGGCUGGUUUUGUGGUCCCAUGUUAUAUCUAUUCACUGUUUUGAGUGACCUUGGCCAGUGUGAUCUGCACCUGCACAGGAAUUAUUUAAUAAGGCUUCCGGAAGAUUCAUGAGAAAGGGAUUUCUCAUAGUGUCAGCUAUAAAUAAACCACACUUGAUAGGAAGGAGUAUAUCACAAAUCUUUACAUAUAUACAGCCAUCCUGCAGAAUGUGGGUGAGCUAUAGUAAUUUCUAAAGAUUAACUAGAGUUUGAAGUGCUCAUAAUUCUACACCUGAAAAUACUGUCCCUGGUUUUUAUAAAUGUGUAUGAAUAUUUUAGUAUGGCAGUAAAAAAUAACAUGACAGUAAAGAUACUUAAUGUUAGCCUGGAGUGAAUUUAGGGUGUCUGUCUCCUACAGUAGCCUAACCCACAACCUGUUAUUCUGGUUAUUAUUUCUGAAUUAUUUUUCAAGACUGUUGUAAUUGCUUGGGCCUGGUUGCUGGCACAGAGGUCUCCAUUAAAAGUGCUCUUUGGCGCACUCUAGUGACUAAUAUUACAGUAAUAAAUUGAUUCUCUUUGAAUCAUCAGUAGCAGGGCAGCAAAUGUCCAUGCUGAUGUAGCCUACAGUAUGCAGUUUUUCAAGGGGCUUGGUCGGUUUUAGCCCAAAUCGUAUUUUCAUUUUGAGAAGCAGAAAGACACAAUCCUUUUUUGCAUAUGAAAUCUUUAAAUCGCUUGGCACCUACUUUAGAUAAUGGCUCAUGAAGGCAGCCAUUGUUACACAAAUAAGUACAUGCGAAGUUAAUGUUAAAGUUUAAGUGCCUUAACAAUUGUUUAAUGGUAAAUUCGCGUGAAUGUGUUUAGCUGAGGUGGUACAGAUUAUGGCAGAUCUCACUUGACUACACUAUUUAUGCAGCAGAUAUGCGGCGUUUAAAUGGAGGGAUGCAGUGACCUGUGCGGACGGGAGACGAACCCAUGCAGCGGGAACGUUUAACUGCAGGAGCUGCCAUCGGUAGAAAUGCGCAGGAGUAGCCUAUCCACGCGCAGCAGAGAGCAAAAUCGAAGAUCAGCGCAGAGAUCUCUGACCGGAGCUGACGCAUGGACAUCUCUACUUCCACCUGAAACAUCUCAUGUUGUGUCCUUUCUUCACAAACAUGUCUCCAUUGGAUCACUGGAUCUUAUGUCUGUUUUAGGAAACCUUGGAAGUUGCGGGUCUGGAUAUUCAGGGCGAUCUUUUCUCAUAUUUUUUGGUUUUGACAUUACAGUUUUCAGCUGAUGGUGCACGGAAAGCAUUUUUGCUGACGAUUGUGGAUUAAAUUAGCCAUUAAGUCGAUGUCUCUUUCUUUCAUGACCGAAACGCAAACUCUUUCUACGCGCUUUGGAUAUUUUCUUCUCCCCCCCCUGCGUCUGGAGUGAAUUUAGGAUGCUGUGUCUGUCUCCUACAGUAACCCACAACCUGUUGUUCUGGUUAUUAUUUUUCCAAACACCACGAUUAACUGUACCUCUAAUCAUAGGCACAGAAGCUAGCUGUGAAAACGAGGGUGAAGUGUUACACAUUCCCAAUAUUACAGACAACCCCUGCAUCUCCUGCGUGUGUCUGGAUAAAAAAGCGGACUGUAAACAGGAGAGGUGUCUGCCUGUGGCAGAGGAGUGCGCACUGGUGGUCAAACAGACGGGGGCCUGCUGUGAAAGAUGCAAAGGUUGUCAGCUGAAUGGAAAAACCUUUAACACCUCCCAUUAUUGGAUCAGCCCUGUGAAGCCCUGUGUCACAUACAUCUGUCAGGAGGGUGUCAUCACUGAAGCAGAUAUCAGGUGUGUUAUUCACUGUAAGAACCCUAAAAUCCACCCCAAGAAAUGCUGCCCAUCUUGUCCAGGCUGUAUUUUUGAGGGGCAUUUAUAUAAGGAGCAAGAGGAGUUUUACCCUGAAGGGAAUCCAUGUAUCAAAUGCAAAUGUGUGGGAGGACAAAGCAUGUGUCAUAAAGUGGUGUGUCCAGUUCUGUCAUGCCCAUCACACCUCAGUCACACUGUGUCUGGUCAGUGCUGCCCUAGAUGUCGUGGUCAGAGGAAGGUGUUUGACUUGUCGCCUGGCAGCUGUCUGUUCCACAGUGAUGUCUAUGAGAAUGAUACAUCCAUCAGCUACGACAACUGUACAGCUUGCAUGUGUGUGGACUCUACAGUGGUGUGCAAAAAGAAGUGCUCGCCGGCCGGCAGCUGUCAAGGCCAUGCAUGCUGUGAAGAGUGCCAGUCUCAUCUGAUAAUGGAAGAUGUGAAGUACUGUAGGGUAAAGAACAAGAUCUAUAGGGAUGGUGAUAGGUGGUCCUCUGUUAACUGUUCUUUGUGCACCUGUGUUAAGGGAAAUAUAGAAUGUCAGCCGAAGAAUUGUGUUCCCAUCAUUAGCUGUCCUUUGAAUAAGAUUCUAAACCGCACUGGCUGCUGUCCUGUUUGUACUGACAAGCCAGGCGUUUGUACAGUAUUUGGAGACCCUCACUAUAACACUUUUGACGGGCGCACCUUUAACUUUCAGGGCACAUGUAAAUAUGUGCUCACUAAAGAUUGCUCCCCAGCGGCCAGCUUCACCGUGCUCGUAAAGAAUGAAGCACGUCGCACACGCUCUUUUUCCUGGACAAAGUCAGUGGAGCUGCACACAUCUGGCCUGAGCAUCAGCCUUCACCAACAUCUUACUGUUCGUCAGAACGGCAUGCGCAUCUCUCUGCCAUUCCACAGUACUGGUGUCCACAUUGACCUGGAUGGAUAUCUGCUCAAGCUCACCACCAUCGCAGGAUUGGAGAUUACAUGGGAUGGAGACAGCUUGGUGGAGGUGGUCGCAGCACCACAUCUAAAGGAGCGACUCUGUGGGCUGUGUGGAAACUACAAUGGCCACAGGCAAGACGACACUCUAGGUGGAGAUGGCAAUUUCAAAUUUGAUGUGGCUGAAUUUGCAGAGUCGUGGCGUGUAGAGGACAAUGAGGUGUGUGAAACACCAAACCGCAGGCCUCUGUCCAUUCUGUGUCCUGCCACAGUAAAAGUGAAGCUUCGUGCACAUAGAGCAUGCCAAACACUAAAGUCAUGGGAGUUUCAGAAGUGUCAUUCUGCUGUGGACUUCCACUCCUUUUACAGGUCAUGUGUGACAGACAUGUGUGAAUGCCCAGUGCAUAAGAACUGCAAUUGUGAGUCCUUCAUAGCGUAUAGCCGAGCGUGUGAGAGAGAGGGUGUACGUGUGCACUGGAGGCCGGAGCUCAGCUGUAUCACUACACAGUGCAAACAUAGUGCCGUCUAUGACACAUGUGGACCUGGUUGCACUAAAACCUGCAGUAACUGGAACGAGAUUGGCCCUUGUUACAAGCCUUGUGUCGCUGGUUGCCACUGUCCAGCCAACCUAGUACUUUUUCAGGGCCACUGCAUAAAAGCUACUUCAUGCCCUGCGCCUUUACCCACAUGAUGCCAGAAGAACUCAGGAGGGCACCAAAGGUGAAGAAAACCAGACAUUUUACUCUGGCAAAGAGGACUAUACUUAGAAAAUCACAAACUGUCUUUUCUUAAACCACUUUUACUGAUGUGAGUCAGGAUUCUCAUGUCAUGAGUCUUGCUAACAGUGACCUCAGUGAGGAUUUGUCAUAGCUGGUAAAUUCUUAGUGCCUUUCCAACUUAAUUUAAGAGUUAAUUAGCUUUACUCUGCACCAUCAGGAAGUUGGGGUUAACUUACCUACCUGGGGGUACCUACCUGAACUGGACAUUGUUAAAUAGGGUUACAUACAUAGUGUUAUCCAUUUAUUGAGUAAACGUGGUGUUUAAUAUAUAACGUUUUCACUAAAAUUAUACUAUUUAAGUAUUUGUUUACUUUUUAGUUGUGGGCUCAAAUGUGACUGUUAUAAAUGUACUGUAAUCAUCGGUGUAUUGAUUGUGUACAUGGGGUCAGAACCAAGACAAUGGCUUCGACUCCAGUAAAUGUUUGGACCCACCCACAUUUUGUUUCCUACGUCUGUGAUUGUGUAAGCGUUAUAAAUGUACAUUACAUUAGACCUAAUAAAAUGCUAACUGUCACAAGUAUUUAUCAGAAACUCCAGACCAGGAAGUUUUUGUACUGUAUCCAGCAACACUUUAGGAGCCAUUCAUUUUUAUAGAAUCAUUCAAGGAUAUAAGGUCAGUUAUAACAUUAAAGGGGUAAUUUUUGUGAACUGUUCUAAGUCGAACAUAUUUGUAUGUAUUUUUGAUGUAUUAAAUAAAUUGAAUAUUCUAUAUAAAAAUGUGACUUACUGAACAUUAAA